AUGAACGAGCUCAACCCAAACAUUUACACGGUCGCGUGGAUAGCGCCUCUCGAGAUCGAAGCACAGGCUGCUCUACACAUGCUGGACCAUGAACAUAGCGGCCGAUUCGGCUUGGGCAAGGGUAACGACUAUAUCUUCCGCGCCGGUGAUCUUGGCGGACAUAACACCAUCAUCGCUACUCUACCGGCGGGCCAGGAAUAUGGUACCGGAUCUGCAGCUGCACUGGCCAGCCAAGUGAAGAUGUUCUUCCCAAAUCUCUGGUUCGGACUAUUGGUUGGCGUUGCUGCUGGUCUUCCAAGCCUUUCACGACACCCGCUGCGUGAUAUCCGACUUGGCGACGUUCUUGUGGGACUUCCGGAGGGAAGCAGUGCCGGGCUUAUUGCCUACGACUUGGGCAAAGAUUUAGGAGCUGGUGGUUUUCAACUGCUGCGUGACGGACACGUGCUGGCGAGUACUGAGACCGUUGUCCGAUCCGCGAUCCAGAAUAUCAAGUUAAUGGCGCCGCGGGAUGUCGACACAUUUCAACCAUAUUAUGAAGGAAUUCGGCGCAAGAAGCAUUCGACUGGGGAUUUCAAUGAUCCUGGUCAGGAUCAGGACCGCCUUUACCGAACGGAUCAUAAAGGAGUGCGCCGUAUCGUGAAACGACGACGGCGUCCUGAUUCGGCACGAACCCGGGUGUGGUAUGGACCGAUUGGAUCCGGUGAGAAGCUUAUGAAAAAUGCUCAGAAGAGAGAUGAAUUGAGAGACAAAUACGGUAUCAUUGGGCUGGAAAUGGAAGCCGCGGGGACAAUGAAUCGUAUACCUGUUGGUGUGAUUCGAGGGGUUUGUGACUACGGGGAUGAACACAAGAAUAAAAGGUGGCAAUCGUAUGCAGCGGCGAUGGCUGCUGCGUACGCUAAAGCUGUUUUAUAUGAGAUAAAGACCCAGAGCCUCGGCCCCGGGUCUUUGGUACUCUGGGGUCUCAGCGGGUCUGGGAAAACGCAGCUCGCCAUUCACUAUGUUACUACGAACAAACAGUCAUACCAGUCUGUGUUGUGGAUUGAUGGGUCGUCGUACGCUUUGGUUCAUCAAUCUUUCGAGAAUCUUUCGCAUCAUAUUUCAGGUUACCACCGAGGGAGACCAGCUACUGAGCAAGUCAUCGAGUGGUUGGAGAGAGGAACGAACCGUUCCUGGAUGAUGAUUUUUGACAACGUCCCCGGAGCUUACGAUGUCGAUGAUCCCGAGAACUUUGAUAUCCGGAAAUACCUACCUGCGUGCGAUCAUGGUCACAUUUUGCUGAUAACAACAGCAUCGGAUCUACACCUGCGCUUAGCCCUCCCCGGGACCCAUCUGGAAGGCGUAGAUGACACCACGGGCUCGUCUAUCCUUCUCAGAUGUGCGGGUGUUCAAGCGCCAGAAGAUUCUGGGAAAGCGACAGCGCGGUCGAUUUCUCGCAAGCUAGGGGGGUCUACCACUUGCCCUUGA